CGCAACACAUUUCAUAAUCGUUUUCUUUUACCUCCGUCGCCAUUUUGGCUCAAGCCACUUCGACUCAAUACGGACCCCAGGUUAGCUUUGUCGAGCAGCUUCUGGCCUCGGGGGCGGCUCUUGACGGUAGCCAUGUCAAAGAAGACUGCUGUUGGCAUCGACUUGGGCACCACUUACUCUUGCGUCGGACCGUGGAAAAACGACGGCGUCGAGAUUAUCGCCAACGAUCAGGGCAAUCGCACCACGCCGUCCUACGUUGCUUUCACCGACACCGAGCGCCUGAUCGGUGACGCGGCCAAGAACCAGGUGGCCCGGAACCCAGAAAACACCGUCUUCGAUGCGAAGCGAUUGAUUGGUCGCAAGUUCGCAGACCCCAUCGUGCAGGCCGACAUAAGUUAUGGCCGUUCAAGGUGGAGGCAGGAACGGGCGACAAGCCGAUGAUCGUCGUGACGUCACAGGGCGAGGAAAAAAAGUUUCACCCCGAGGAGAUCAUCUCUUCGAUGAUUCUGCUCAAGAUGAAGGAGACUGCCGAGGCUUACCUGGGGGCCAAGUGUAACGAUGCUGUUGUGACUGUUCCAGCCUACUUCAAUGACUCCCAGCGCCAGGCCACCAAGGAUGCAGGGACGAUCUCUGGCAUGAACGUUCUUCGAAUUAUAAACGAACCCACCGCGGCGGCGAUCGCUUACGGCCUGGACAAGAAGGGCAGCGGCGAGAAGAAUAUCCUCAUCUACGACAUGGGCGGGGGCACCUUCGAUGUCUCUUUGUUGACAAUCGAGGACGGCAUCUUCGAGGUGAAGGCCACCGCCGGGGACACACAUCUGGGGGGCGAGGACUUUGACAACCGCAUCGUGGACUUCUGCAUGCAAGACUUCAAGCGCAAGAAUAGAAGCAAGGACCUCGCGGGCAACCAGCACGCCAUCCGCCGCCUGCGGACGCAUUGCGAGCGCGCCAAGAGGACCCUCUCGUCGUCCACGCAGGCCACGAUCGAGAUUGACUCGCUCUUCGACGGUAUCGACUUCUCCUGCUCGCUGUCGCGCGCCCGAUUCGAGGAGCUGAACAUGGAUUAUUUCCGCAAUUCUAUGGGCCCCGUCGCGAAGUGCUUGCGCGACAGCGACAUCGACAAGCGGAACGUGCACGAGGUCGUUUUGGUUGGUGGCUCUACGCGCAUUCCGAAGGUGCAGGCCAUGAUCCAGGAGUUCUUCAACGGCAAGGAGCCUAACAAGUCAAUCAACCCCGACGAGGCCGUGGCCUUUGGCGCCGCGGUGCAGGCGGCCAUCCUCACCGGCGAGAGGUCCUCGAGGUCCAGGAUCUGCUGGCCGAUCCCCAGCUGCCAGUCGGCCUCCCGAUUAGCCAGCUGGGUUUUGCGCGUGCGCGCGGGGCCGCAGGCCACAGACUCAUAGACUUCGCUGCAGCACGAGUGCUGCCAAGGCGAGCAAAACAAAUGAUAAAGCAACCGUUGUGUUUAACCCAGCCAUCCUGUGGUGUUGGGUCCUCGUUUUGAAACGAGGGUUCCCCGCGUCCUCCUUUUCCUCCUCCUCCUGUCCUUCUCUCCUCCUCCUCCCCCUCCUCCCUCCUCGCGUCACCCCCUCACUUUGGCACACCCCU